UCGUUCAACUGCCGCCAUACCACCACCGUCCUCGCUUGUUCUCCCUGUUGUCACUGACGACGCCUCCUCUUGCCUGCUUUUUACAUUCAUCCAUACAAUCAGUCGACAUUCUACUACAGCUGCUACUGGUGUCUUUUAACUUCUCCAGACAGAGAAAGCGGCAACGAAACAGCUCGUCUCUGUCGGUUGAGCAGGGUGUGUUGCUCCACCAUGGUCGCCGUCCAGCUCCUCACCACCAACACAAUCGGAGAUUACUUACUAUCUAAUAUUCGGUGUCAUCCUUGUUGCUGGCCUGGAUGUAAGGCGUCUACUUACCAUUAUUAAAGUGAACCAUUGCACUCGCUACUGCAGCCAAUGCCGCCACAGCUCGUCUGUCGCCAGACACCUUGCAUUCUCGGCGAGUGUUCCUCCUUCACAGACACUCUACUAUGGGCAAUUGUAUCACACAAUGUUGUGGCAAAGACAAAAGGAAAUAUUUACGAACACGGUACAGUGUUGACAGAGACUUUUCCAUCGAGUUUGAAAACUUGAUGGAUGAUGAAGCCGUUCAAGACGAAAUGAACAAGCCCCUGACUGACUUUGAGAAACAGCUUUUAUCUGAGAAACACUAUAGGGCUCUUGUUCACGAGCAAAAAAAUAUUGAUGCUGAGAUUGAAGCACAGCUUGCCAAACAAGAGGAGGAGUUGCGUAUGGAAGAGGAAGCUUACUAUGAAGCUAGAAGAGAGGCUGCACGGAUAGUACGGCUUCAGCGUAUUGCUAAGGAACAACAAGCUACUAAAACUCACACGGACCGUUCCUGGUUAGGGGAUAACGAAAAUGACUGGGACGUAGCCGGAGGUGAAGAUGAUUUCGAAAUGUUCCUGGCUAGUGUGAAAGCUCGGUCUCUGUCAGCAAGGACACAGUUACGUCAAGCCUGUUACUGGAACUUACUGGUGACACCAAGUAUUUCACGAGCUCUUGAUCUCAGUGUAACGACAUCUGUGACAGAAGCAGCAUCUGCAGAUGGUCAAAGUACUAGUAGCAGCACAACACAUACUCGAGAUCGGUCACAUACUGAGGCAUCUUCCUUAGAUCUGGAAUGGGAUCAUGAAGCAGGAAUUAUACCCCAUAAAGCACCUCGAUCAGCCACAGAAGAAAAUCUCGUUGCUCUAGCUGCUCAAGAAAUGCUACAUCCAACCAGUCCUGCAAACUCUGCUGAGCUCGAGUGGGACAACGAUUACGUCAGCGCCGAUGUUCUUGAGAGGGAACAACUUUUAACGGUGAGGAAAGGUGGCAAAGGAACAUAACAGUCACAAACAAUCUACCUACUGACAAAACAUUUUUUACUUUGGGAUUGGAUUGCUACCUUCCUUGGUGCCGAAAAUACAAUUCUAAGGAACUAUUACUGUCUGGCAGUGACCGUAGAUAUUUGACAUACUACUAAAAAGUGGCUGUUGAAAGACUUUCUCACUGCUCAGGCAGUGCGCUGGUGUUGUGAACCACUUACCAUGUGCCUGAUAUCUUUAUGGCUAUUUCUUGGUCCACUUACCUGUCCAGGCUGCAACUCUAUAACUGUAGCCAAUCUCGGACCUGCUACUACUGCUGCUACUGCUCACUUUAAUGUUUACAUUUCAACAUUUUCUUUUGUUAUGGUUUUUUUUUGUUCUUUAUGUUUCCUUUUUUUUUUAAACAUUACAUUUAAAGUUAUUUUUCAGUUGUACUAAGGUUAUUUUUCAUUUUCUUUGCUUCCCAUAAAACCAAUCUUAUCUGUGAUUCCAUAAAAGUAAUUUGAAAUCCUAAAGGAAAAAAAAAAAAAUUAAUUAAAUUCCAAAACACUGUUUUACUGCAUGUAGCAAUGUGAUAUUUCUCCAGUGUUUCUGCAUAGCUCUCAGUGUUAACUGUUUAUAAAGCCAUGUCUAGAUAAAUCUCUCUUAAUAAACAAUCAUAUCAGCAAUGUGUGUGUGUGUGUGUCUUUGAGAGAAAGCAGGAGAGA